AUGUGGUUUCUGUGGUUUGUGGGCGCGAUUUUUCUCAUAAAGGCGAUCGGGAAACUGAGAGCCGGGAGAUGUUACGAGAAGACCGUGAUGCGAGGUAAAGUGGUGGUGGUGACGGGGGCGAGCGGCGGUAUCGGGUUCGAGACCGCCCUGGAGCUGGCGAGACGAGGCGCCAAAGUCAUCGUCGCGUGCAGGAACGACGCGAGAGGCGAGCGAGCCGUGAGGACCAUCAGCCGACUGACCAGGAACGAGCGCGUGCGUUACGUUCACCUCGACCUCUCGUCUCUGCGGUCGGUGCGCAAAUUCGUGGAGGAGCUGGAGGCCACGGAGGCCAAAUUGGACGUUCUAAUUAACAACGCGGGUGCACUGUGCGCGAGUCGCCGACGAACGGACGACGGGCUUAUGAACGACAUGCAGAUCAAUCACUUCGGACCGUUCUUGUUGACGACGUUGCUCGUCCCUCUGCUGAAGAAAGCGGCGCCCAGCCGCGUGGUGCUGGUGUCCUCCGCGUGGCACAGAUUCGGGACGAUCGAGAACCUAAACGACGAGUCGACGGGGUACAUACGCGCGUACGCGAACAGCAAGCUGUGCAACGUUCUGUUCAGUAAGGAAUUGGCCCGGCGCCUCAGAGGAACCGGGGUCGUCGUCAACAGUCUCAAUCCGGGCCAAGUCAACACGUCGCUGUACAGGAGCUCCACGUUGUUAGAGAAGUUGCGAACCCUGGUGCUGUACUUCUUCUUCAAGACGCCGGCGGAGGGCGCGCAGACGUCCGUGUACUUGGCGAUCUCGAACGACUGCGACGUCGCCACCGGAAUGUACUUCGAGGAUUGCAAGCAGGUGGCGCCCAGCGCGAAGGCGGAGAACGGAAUGUUGGCUACUAAGCUCUGGGCCAUUAGUGAACAACUAGUCGGAUUGAAACCGGAAGAAGUAAUCGAGGAGCCAAAGAGAAUAAGUGUGAGCGAAAAUUAG